ACACGACGGCCCACGAGUGCACCUGAAGCGGCGCACGUUUCAGUUUCAGUUCCACUCCCAGCCUCGCGUUCGCCUGUUGUGUCUCGUCUCGUCUUCCUCGUGCCUCGCGCACUCGCCGCGCCUGCCUUUUCUGCUCUCGGCGGCAUCCAUAAUACUCCCCCUCCCGGCUCCCGCACGCAGCCCCGGAGGUCCCCAAUCUCGCCUCGCGAUGGAUUCGUAGCCUCGCGUCGCGAGGGUACUGUCGUUCUUUUCAGGGAUAGGUAGAUAGAUUCCGACUGCUCGCCAUUGGGGGGCUGCCGCUUGCCUCCGCCAGGUGUCGUCCGUCGGUUCGGCGAGCUGCGGGCGGGGCGCUCCUCGUCGUCCGUCACGAUGGGGGGCUGGAACCGGAAGCGGUAUGUGACCGGCCACCGUGACCGCUCCGCCGGCGCUUCUCGUCCUCCUCUGCCUCCGCCUGAUUACGGGGACAGUCACUACCCAGUCCCAUUAUGGGAAAGGGAAUUCUGCCGCCAUGUUGGCAACAUUACUUGGGAGAGUUUCUGUGAAAACAAGCAAUAUGUUGAACCAUUCGAUAGACUUGAGCCCUGGGACGAUUCCGAGGCAUUUGAUUGUUUCCAGAAUGCAAAGGCAAGGUUCUGGGCGAACUAUCAUGGCAAGCCUUCUGACACUCCUUUGCUGGAUGAUCCUGAUUUGUACAUCGACAAGGUCGACUACGAAUGCAAAGUCGACCCAGAGUUGGUUGCUGAGCUGGAUAGUGUAGGGCUACCAUUUGAGGAUGAUAAAUCCGCCCCGGCCACAGGAUGGCCCAACGCCGGGGCAGACAACAAGUGCACCCAGAACGGAUCUGGAAACUGGGAUGUAUUCAUAGAAAAGCCGGCCGAAGUCAAUAAGUGGAAGUCUGAGGUCAAUCUCGCACCCGACACGGUUUGGGGAGGCCAGGCCAAGGUAAUAACACCUGAGGCAGUUUGGGGAGGCCAAUCUUCCAAUAAAUGGGGCAAUAAUAGCAACACCAGCUGGGGCGCUUCUUUGGAGAAACCGAGUUGGCGUGACUGUAGCAAGAACCACUACUCAUCCAACAACUGGAACAACUUUCAUAGCGGGCCAUCCAACGACAGGUACCGGCAGCCGGAGGAUCCGAGCUACACUUCUGGGUCUGGAAGGAAACGGAACGGCAGUGGCGGUGGGUACUUCAAGCAGAGGAACAACAAACAGAGUUACCAGGACGAGGGGCAGCACCAGCAGCACAGGACCGGCGGCUGGCAGCAGGACCAAAGAGGAAGGAACAGGCAGUGGCGUCCAGUGUACAACAGAGCUCCCUAAAAUGGUCCGGACUCUUGAUCCCAUGGCGAGAAUUGCAGGUGUCUUUUCUUGUGCAGUCAGUGUUGAGCUGCUGCUAGCAAAGUGGUGCUUGUAAAUAGAUGUUUGUUUGUUUGAGUUUUAUGCUGCAGCUGCUGAACUUCCGCAGCUGCAGCGAUGAGAUCCUCCAUUGGAGGGUUGUGUUUCGAUAUUUCAGAGCUUGGGAAGAGUUUUAGUGAUUUUUGUGUGGAGUGGGUUCGUAGAGAAGCGAAUUCAGUGGCUCAUAUCUGUGCCCAUAUGAUCUCAGCCACUGAACGUUGCUUAUUUUGGUUAGAUUGGAUACCGGACUGGCUAAUCGACUUAGCUGCCGGAGAUUGUAAUUCUUCCAUGAUAUAAUGAAGCUCUGAAUUCUCAAAAAAAAAAAAAAAAA